AUGGCAACCGAUGCAGGAGAGAAAGGCAGGAGUAAGCAGGAGUGGCAGCCCAGCCCUGCCCUGCUGCCCUGUCCCCAGUCACUGCAGGUAUGUGUGCCCACAGCCACGCCAGCUAACACUAGUGAGCACCUCAUGGGGGUUGGGGGGUUCCCUGGUGGCUCAGUGGUAAAGAAUCCACUUGCCUGUGGAGGAGACUCCAGAGGGCAGAUCCUGGGAAGGGGGAGCUGCAUCUGUGGGGGAGAAGGGGCCAGCUGUGGAACUUGGGUGGGUUUAGGAGGUGGAGGGCUAGGGGCCUGGGGUGGGAGCCUCUAUGGCUUGGGCGCCUCUCGGCCUCGAGUGGCCGCGCGCUCGUCCUAUGGCGCCCCGGUGGACACCGGCAUCCGAGCGGUCACCAUCAAUCAGAGCCUGCUGACCCCGCUGCAGGUGGACAUCGACCCCGCCAUCCAGCAGGUGCGCCAGGAGGAGCGCGAGCAGAUCAAGACCCUCAACAACAAGUUCGCCUCCUUCAUCGACAAGGUGCGGUUUCUGGAGCAGCAGAACAAGCUGCUGGAGACCAAGUGGGCGCUGCUGCAGGAGCAGAAGUCUGCCAAGAGCAACCGCCUCCCAGGCAUCUUUGAGGCCCAGAUUGCUGGCCUGCGGAAGCAGCUGGAGGCCCUGCAGCUGGAUGGGGGUCGCCUGGAGGUGGAGCUUCGGAACAGGCAGGAUGUGGUGGAAGACUUCAAGAAUAAGUAUGAAGAUGAGAUUAACCGUCGCACAGCUGCUGAGAAUGAGUUCGUGGUGUUGAAGAAGGAUGUGGAUGUUGCCUACAUGAACAAGGUGGAGUUGGAGGCCAAGGUGGAUAUCCUGAAUGACGAGAUCAACUUCCUUAGGACCCUCUAUGAGCAGGAGCUGAAAGAGCUGCAGUCUGAGGUCUCAGACAUGUCCGUGGUCCUGUCCAUGGACAACAACCGCUCCCUGGACUUGGACAGCAUCAUUGCUGAAGUGAAGGCCCAGUACGAGGAGAUCGCCAACCGCAGCAGGGCCGAGGCUGAGGCCUGGUACCAGACCAAGUUUGAGACCCUCCAGGCCCAGUCUGGGAAGCAUGGGGACGACCUCCGGAAUACCCGGAAUGAGAUCGCGGACAUGAACCGGGCUGUCCAGAGGCUGCAGGCUGAGAUCGACAGCAUCAAGAACCAGCGCGCCAAGUUGGAAGCUGCCAUUGCUGAUGCUGAACAGCGUGGGGAACUGGCUGUCAAGGAUGCCCGCGCCAAGCAGGAGGAUCUGGAGGCCGCUCUGCAGAAGGCCAAGCAGGACAUGACCAGGCAGCUCCGGGAGUACCAGGAGCUCAUGAAUAUCAAGCUGGCCCUGGACAUCGAGAUUGCCACCUACCGCAAGCUGCUGGAGGGCGAGGAGAGCCGGUUGACCGGAGAUGGAGUGGGAGCCAUGAACAUCUCUGUGGUCAGUUCCACAGGUGGCUCUGGUAGCCGGCUGACCUUUGGGGGAACCAUGGGCAACAACGCCCUGAGAUUCUCCAGCAGUGGAGGGCCUGGGACCCUCAAGGCCCACUCCAUGAGGACCACAUCUGCCACCAGCAGGAGCAUCCGCAAUUGA